AUGGCUACCCGUCUCUUCACCCGUGCAAGCACUCUUUGCAGGCCUCUCUCUCGCGUCUCCCUUCAAUUCCAGCCUCAACUCCCCAAGCUGCGAACCUACGCAACCAAGCCAAUGGCCGAAUCUCUGAUCUCUCUUGCCCAGGGCAGGCGUACAAUUUACCAGCUCGGCAAAAGCAGUUCGGUGUCAGAUGCCAAGAUUGAAGAGCUAGUCAAUGAAGCUAUCCUGCACGUUCCCAGUGCUUUUAAUACGCAAUCCACACGGCUUGUUUUGCUGCUGCAUGAUCAGCAUGAUCGUCUGUGGGAUAUUGCUAUCGAGGCAUUUGAGGGUCUUGUUGCUUCGGGUAAGAUUCCUAAGGAGAUUUGGGAAAAGCAGACACUCCCUAAGUUGAAUGGGUUCAAGGGUGCUUAUGGGACAGUCCUUUUCUUCGAAGACCCUGCGCACAUCCAACCAAUGCAGGAGAAGUUCAAGACGUACAAAGACCAGUUCGUCCCCUGGGCUGAGCACUCAAAUGCUAUGCACCAGUACUUCCUCUGGACUGGCCUUGAGGCUCUCGGAUUCGGAGCCAAUCUGCAGCACUACAACCCUCUCAUCGAUGCUGGUGUUGCCAAGCAGUGGGACCUCCCCAGUGAUUGGCGCCUCAUCGCCCAAUUGGUCUUCGGUGCUCCGGAGGCUGAGGCUGGCGAGAAGGUCCAGAAGCCUGCCGAGGAGAGAGUGAAGGUGUUUGGAAGACUUUGA